GCGUGCAUUGUGUUGGUCAGUUUCAGUCCAGACUUGGUACCGGAGAGAGCGCGUGCGACACGUGUCUAGCUGACUAUCGGCGCCUACUAUCUACGACCCUAGAUGGCUUUUGAGGAAUUUUGUGGCGGUUCGCUUUGGGACGGUGCGUUGGCUUGGGACCCGGAAGAUCCACGGUUGACUUACUGCUUCCAGCGUGCAGUGCUGCAAUGGGUGCCGUGUUGUUUCAUAGUGAUUUUUUCUGCAUACGAAGUGCACAAAAUAAGAAAAAGUCGAUAUCGGGAUAUCCCCUGGAAUUUGCUGAAUGUGUCGAAAAUGUUUGUGGUGUUUCUGUUGCUUUGUGGCAGUGGCAUAGAUUUGGGCAUGGUAGCUAUGAGCGAAGAAGAUAUUCCAAACGUUGAACCAGUUACGAAAGCGUUCAAUUUUGUGUCGUAUGCAAUCGUGUUGUCACUGCUGUUCUGUUAUAGAAAGUAUGGCAUUCAAAGCUCUGGAACAAUUUUCGUGUUCUGGUUCUUGAGAGUUCUGUUCGGAAUACCUCAGGCUCGUUCUGAGGGUCAAUCGCUGAAACACUCAUCUGGAUACCAAACAUAUCACAUCUACAGUUAUCUCACGCAGUAUGCCAUGAUCUGCAUAUCUCUCGUGCUGGAAAUCUUCCCAGACGAACAGCCUACUACCAGCAGUUACCCGCCAUCGAAGAACCCUAAUCCCGAAUCGUCAUCGAGCUUCCUGUCUAGACUGCUGUUCCUGACUUACGACCGGCUUCUGUGGACCGGAUUUCGAAAGCAGCUCACCAUGGACGAUAUGUACGAUCUGAAUCCGGAGGAUUCAACCAGGGAGAUAAGUCCGGAAUUCGACCGAUAUUGGAACGAACACAUACGCCGACGGGGACGGACACAGCCCAUCGAGGACGGAAAAAGCUCCAACGGGUCGAUUUUGCCGGUCAUUGUCAAGGCGUACUGGGGGCCGUUUGCCUUUGCGGGAGUGAUUCAAGUGUUCAUGACGGCGCUGCAGCUGGCGUCUCCUUAUCUGCUGAUGGCCCUCCUCUCGUGGAUCACCACCGACGGACCCCUCUGGCAAGGGGUAGUCCUUGCCCUCGGCCUUUACCUGUCAUCACUCAUGUAUGCCCUACUGAACGGGCAGUACUACUUCAACAACUUCCGCACCGGAUUCCGCAUCCGAACGGCCCUGGUCAGUGCCAUCUACCGGAAAGCGCUGCGUAUUUCCAACGCGGCCAAACGGGAUUCCACCAUCGGAAACAUCGUUAACCUGAUGGCCGUCGAUGCGCAGCGGUUUGUCGAACUGACGCCGUUCUUGCAUCUGGUAUGGUACGGUCCACUGGUGAUUGGAAUUUGCUUGUGGCUGCUGUACGACAUUCUGGGGGUGGCCGUGUUUGCCGGAUUGGGAGUGAUCUUCCUCAUGAUGCCCCUGUCCAAAGUGAUUUCUACGAGACUGAAGGUGUUGCAAGCGCAUCAGAUGAAGCACAAGGACAGUCGUGUGAAGAAGAUCCAUGAAGUUCUAUCCAGCAUGAAAGUGUUGAAGCUGUAUGCUUGGGAACCUAGCUUCCAACGGUCGAUUCAGGAAACGCGGGAUAAGGAGCUGAAGAUAAUGAAAAAGACGGCCUUCUAUGGGGCGGGAGUGUACUUUGUCUUCACGAUUGCUCCGUUCUUGGUGACUCUGGUAACGUUUACGGUGUAUGUCCUGAUCGAUGAGGAAAACGUUUUGACGGCGCAGAAGGCUUUCGUAUCGCUGGUAUUGUUCAACAUAAUGAAAGUGCCCCUCAGUUGGCUUCCCAUGUUGGUAACCAUGAUGAUGCAAGCAAGGGUGUCGGUGAAACGAUUAAACAAGUUCAUGAACAGCGAGGAAUUGGAUGAGACUGCUGUGACGCACCACAGAAGUGAGGAUGCCUUGUCGAUCAGGGAUGGAAAUUUUAGCUGGGGAGACGUUUUGCCCACACUGAAGAACAUUAACCUGUCGAUACAGAAGGGUCAGCUGUGUGCGGUGGUGGGAUCGGUUGGUUGUGGAAAGAGUUCUCUUCUUGCGGCUUUGUUAGGAGAAAUGAACAAAGUAAGCGGAUCGGUUAACGUCGACGGAUCGUUGGUGUACGUGGCGCAGCAGGCGUGGAUUCAAAAUGCGACUGUUCGAGAUAACGUGCUAUUCGGCAAAGCGUUCGAUCAGCAGAAGUACGAUAGAGUGAUUGAGUGUUGCGCCUUGAAGGCAGAUCUAAAACUGCUGCCGGCUGGAGAUCGAACGGAGAUAGGAGAAAAGGGGGUCAAUCUUUCGGGAGGGCAGAAACAGCGGGUGGCACUGGCACGGGCGGUGUAUGCGGAUGCUGAGAUCUAUCUGUUCGACGAUCCGCUGAGUGCAGUCGAUGUGCACGUUGCAGAGCACAUUUUCCGAAAGGUGAUGGGAGCUAAAGGAAUACUGGCGAAUAAAACUAGACUGUUGGUAACGCAUGGGGAAUCAAGACUUCCUUAUAUCGACAUUAUUUUUGUUAUGAAGAAUGGGGUUAUCGUCGAAAGUGGUUCUUAUCAAGAACUUCUGGAUAUGGGAGGAGAAUUUUCUGAACUCUUUUCGGAACGAAGGACGCGGCAAGAAUACGGAAGGAGUUUAUCCGUAGUAUCGCAACAGUCUGUGACUGGCAAUGAGGCUGUAACUGAAGGUGAAUCCGGCAUAGACCAACGGAAGCAAUCGAAAGUUGCUCCCAAGUCUGCGCUCAUGUCCAAGGAGGAAUCUAAAUCUGGAGCCGUAUCGUGGGAAGUGUAUUGGAUGUUUUUGAAGGCAUUUGGAGCUACCCUAGGAUUCUGGACUUUUGCGUUCAGCGUACUGACACAAAUAAGUGGCAUCUUUUCCAGUUUGUGGCUGUCGAAGUGGACAGAAGAUCCGGUGGCGGCGGCUGACACAACCACUCGCAAUAUCUAUCUCAUGAUCUACGGAUCGUUUGGAAUACUGCAAUCAUUGUCGCUGUUCAUUGGAGCCGUUGUUUUAGCACUAGGGUGUCUUAGAGCAUCCAGAAAUUUGCACAAUGGCCUACUUGAUACAAUUUUGAGGCUGCCGAUGUCGUUCUACGACGCUACACCGAUUGGACGCAUUCUGAAUCGAUUCUCCAAGGACGUAGAUGUGUUGGACAGCGUAUUCCCCGUUACGUUGAGGGGAUGGACAUAUACGUUUUUCAACGCAGUUGGAGUGUUCGUCGUUAUAGUAAUAUCAACGCCUACUUUUCUGGCGGUGGUUCCUUUUCUUUUCGUGGUGUAUUUUCUGAUUCAGAAAAUCUACGUCGCCAGCUCUCGGCAACUCCGGAGACUAGAAUCCAUCACUAAAAGUCCAGUUCUGUCGCAUUUCGAGGAGACGUUUGCAGGGCAGUCAACGAUUCGGGCCUUUGGAGAGCAGGAACGGUUCAUUCGUGAAUCAGAGGAGAAGAUCGAUUUCAACCAGAAGGUGGCUUACCCGGGUUUGCUUACAAAUCGCUGGAUGGCGUUGAGGUUGGAAAUUGUGGGUGCAUUUGUAGUGUUCUUUGCAGCACUGUUGGCCGUAUUGGCAAGGGAAUCUAUCGGGCCAGGUAUUGUGGGUUUGUCGAUAACGUACGCUUUGCAGAUAUCGGCAACCAUGAGCUUCAUGGUGAGAAUGACGUCAGUCAUGGAGACCAAUGUAGUGGCAAUCGAACGGUUAGAAGAGUAUGCUGAAUUACCGGUUGAAUCAAAAUCUGAAAACGCCACUGUCGAGAAAGGAUGGCCACAAGACGGAGAAAUAGAAUUUCAAGAGUACAAACUUCGCUACCGAGAGGGGACAGAUUUGGUGAUCAAAGGCAUUUCGUUAAAAGUUGAGAGUGGUGAGAAAGUGGGAAUCGUAGGAAGAACGGGAGCUGGAAAGUCGAGUCUUUCGAUGGGCUUGUUCCGGAUUGUGGAAGCUUGCAACGGACAAAUCUCAAUCGACGGUAUCGACAUCUCUAAAGUAGGGUUACAUCAGUUGCGAAGCCGUCUGACCGUCAUUCCACAAGAUCCGGUGCUGUUCGCGGAAAGCAUCCGAAGAAAUUUGGACCCGUUCGAGGCCUACUCGGAUGACCAAAUCUGGCGAGCGUUGGACAUGUCACAUUUGGCUCAGUUUGUCAAAAGCCUUCCCAAUGGAUUGCAGCACAAAGUAACCGAAAACGGAGAAAACCUGUCCAUGGGUCAGCGCCAACUGAUUUGUCUGGCGCGUGCCGUGCUGCGAAAAAGUAAAAUUUUAAUCUUGGACGAAGCAACCGCUGCCGUUGACAUGGAAACGGAUAAAGCAAUCCAGAGAGCAAUCAGAACCGAAUUUUCUGACUGCACGGUGCUAACGGUGGCCCAUCGACUGAACACAAUUAUCGACUACGAUAAAAUAGUGGUGCUCGAAAAUGGUACUGUCGCAGAGUACGGUACUCCUCAGACACUGUUGGAAGAUAAAACAUCGUCGUUUUAUCGGAUGGUGAAGAAAGCAGGAAUUAUUGAAUAGUUUUACGUUUUAUUAGUACAAAUACAAUGUCGUUGUUUAAUCUACUUCCUAUUCUAACUAUAAAUAUAGUUGAAAGAGUAUUUCUAAGUGAAGACACGGACCUGAAAUAAAUCAAUUGUAAUGAAA